AUGCCCUCACCAGACGAACCUGCCACCCAUCGUCUCCUUGGUCCGACCGAGAAUGGAGACCGCUAUGAGCUCACCAGCCCAACCGCCCUCCCCAAGGCCGGCGGCUUUCUUUGGAAUAAGACGAUGAUGAUCCACCUCACCUGCCGCGGCCACGCCACCGCGCAGUUCAUGCAGCCCGAGCCGGCCAAGUACUCGCACGCGCCCAACAUCGAGGCCAGGACAUUCAUGCAGCCGGAGCAGAACUAUUAUGCCCAUCACCCAGGCCGCUUCGUGUACGUCAAGGACGAGGAGACGGGGUUGGUGUUUUCUGCGCCCCAUGAGCCUGUGCGGGCCACGUCGGAGCGGUUUGUGUUUUCUGUGGGGAAGAGCGAUGUCUCCUGGACGGUCGAGGGGCUGGAGGGGGUGAGGGUGGAGAUGGUCUUGACACUGCCGACGCAUGAUGUGGUUGAAUUGUGGACUGUGAGGGUUACAAAUACUUCGUCGGCGUCAUCGUCGUCGCCCUCUCGUAAGAGGAAGAUCAGUGUCUACCCUUACUUCACGGUCGGGUAUAUGUCGUGGAUGAACCAGGGCGCAGAGUAUAGAGAGGACUUGGUUGGGAUCGUUGCGAGCAGCGUGACGCCGUAUCAAAAGGCAGAGGACUACCCCAAAAACAAGACCCUCAAGGACAAGACCUAUUUUCUCUGCAGCGUCCCACCGACCUCGUGGGAAGCCCGGCAGGAGGCUUUCGAAGGAGAAGGCGGCCUCCAUGCGCCAUCGGCAAUCACCGAAGCCUCAGAGUUGCAGAGAAGCGACGCACGGUACGAGACACCUGCAGCGGCUGUCCAGUACCGUCUCGACCUUGCGCCCGGUCAGAUCCAGACAUACCAUUUCCUAUUCGGCCCCGCCCUAGACGACGCCGAGAUCCAGGCCGUGAGGAACAAGUACCUUUCCGAGGAGGGCUUCUCGGCAGCCUCCAGUGCGUUCCAGGCCUACAUCCGCGAGGGCGCAGGCUGUCUCAGCAUCCACACGCCGGACCCCCACCUCGACGACUUUGUCAACAACUGGCUCCCUCGACAGGUGUUUUACCACGGCGACGUGAACCGCCUGACGACGGACCCGCAGACGCGCAACUAUCUCCAGGACAAUAUGGGCAUGGCGUACAUCAACCCGCCCGUAGCCCGCAGGGCCAUCGUGACAGCCCUAUCGCAGCAGGAGAAAACAGGCGCCAUGCCGGACGGCAUCCUGCUCCUCCCUGGCGCGGAGCUCAAAUACAUCAACCAGGUCCCGCAUACGGACCACUGUGUCUGGCUGCCGGUCGCCCUCGAGGUGUACCUAAAUGAGACGGCCGACUUCGACCUGCUUGGAGAGAGCAUCACAGAUGUACAUGGCAACACCCUGACCGUGCUGGAGCGCAUGUGCCGCGCCAUGGACUGGCUGCUCUCGGACAAUGCUCGAGACCACCGCGGCCUAAGUUACAUUGCCCAGGGUGACUGGUGCGACCCGAUGAACAUGGUCGGGCUCAAGGGGAAAGGCGUGUCUGGCUGGCUGACUGUGGCAACGGGGUACGCUGUAAAGCUCUGGGCGGAUCUCUGCUCACAAGUUGGCAGAUCAGACCUGGCUGAGAGAUACAGAGAAGGGGUCAAAGAGGUGAAUCAGGCUGCCAACAAGUACCUCUGGGACGGAGAGUGGUUCGCACGUGGCAUCACGGACGACGGCGUGUCAUUUGGUGUCAAGGACGACGCAGAAGGGAGGAUCUGGCUGAACCCACAGGCCUGGUCAAUCCUGGGAGGUGCUGCUGCUGCGCAUGAAACGCAGAUCGACAAGAUGCUGUCGCGCGUGGACGAGAUGCUGGGAACGCCAUACGGCGUGCUGAUGUUCUGGCCUCCGUUCAGCGGGAUGCGGGACGACAUUGGACGGGUGACACAGAAGUUCCCCGGCCAGGGCGAGAAUGGCGCCGUGUAUAAUCAUGCUACGGCGUUUUAUAUCCACGCUCUGUACAGCAUCGGCCAAGCGGAUCGCGCGUAUCAGCUGCUUAGGCAGAUGCUGCCUGGGCCGGGCCAGGAGGACUAUAUGCGUAGGGGACAGCUCCCUGUGUAUAUUCCGAAUUACUAUCGAGGUGGUUGGAAAGAGAUUCCAGACAGGGCUGGACGUUCCAGUCAGCUGUUCAAUACCGGGACCGUGUCGUGGGUGUAUAGGAGCUUCAUCGAGGGUCUCUGCGGCCUUCGUGGUGAUGCCAAAGGGUUACGUGUGGAGCCACAGCUGCCGACAGGUUGGGAAAGUAUGAGGGCGGUACGGACGUUCCGUGAGGCUUACUUCCACGUGAACAUCCGCCGCGGUAAUGUGAAGACUGUCGAGGUUGUGUUGGAUGGUGAAAGGUUGCCCGAAGCCUAUAUUAGCAACGUCCAAGCUGGAAAGGAGUACCAGGUGUUGGUCACAGUACCACACAAGUAG